GUUCUUUUUGGUUAAGUCUGGUGUUGACAGCGGAGAAUAGAAGAGAUUUUCUGCUGGAAGGAAUCUGUUUUUGUGAAUGGAGAUUGUCAAGGUUGCAAGAGGGAUUUCAUUUCUGGAGUCGUCACUGUUAGGUAAUGUCUGAACAGAGGAUUUUUGUUAGGAAAAUGGUGAAGGAGAUGGUGUAAGCUUGAUCCCAUGGGUGGGAUUCCUUCCAUCAGAUUCAAAUCUAUUUUUCCUUCAAAAAUUCGCGGUGUUUGUUUUUAUUUUUUUGUGGGUGUUUGUUUUUCGGAGAUUUGAUGUUAAGAUUGAAUAUGUUUCGUUGGAAAAUGAAUGAAAAAAAAAUAUUAUUCAAUUUAUUUCCUGAUGAAAAUGUUUAUCUUUUUCUCUUUUUUUGGAAAUAAGAAGUUAAUGUGAUGAACCGUAAAUUUCUCUUUAUGUCACCUGGACUUUGGUUUUCAUUUAAGUUUGCCCAUUAAGACUUAAACAUAAACAUAAUGAAUAAAUUGAAUUAAAACCAUAAUGUUAAAAUAUGCAAUCGUGUUUAAACGGAAGAUUUUGUGAAGUGCGUGUAUACCUUUUCUCAUUCCUAACCGAACCUUCAAACCCCAAUCUCUGCGCAGACCUGUUUUAAAGUGACUUGUCUCACCUUAUAAUUUUGACGAGUGGCGACUCUUUUUCUUAUAUGUUUCACACUUAAUGUUUUAAGUUCUGUGUGAUUGUCAACAGUGUUGAACUUUAUUAAGAAGCACAUUAUUUGUUGCUUUGGAAUCCCAUACAAAAUUGUGAGUGAUAAUGGAACUCCUUUUGUCAAUUAUCAUGUGUAAAGAUUGUUGGACACUUACAAGAUCAAGCAUUGAAAAUCCACUCCAUACUACUCCUAAGGCAAUGGCCAAGCUGAAACAACUGAUAAAAGCUUACUAAGGAAUUUGAGUAAGAUGGUCCAUGAGUAUGAAGGAUGUUGGAGCACUCAUUUGCAAGACACUCUUUGCACUGAUUGGACAUCCUCCAAGACUGCCACAGGUUGAAGACUUAGAAUCCUUUGAAGCACUUCGCUAGACAACACAAGAAAAGGCUCAAAAAUAUCAGUCCAAGAUGACGAAUGCCUACAACCGUGUAGUCAAAGCUAGAGUUUUCACAAUUGGGCAAAUCAUUCUCAAAGCCUUCAACCAUAUGAGGAAAAACAUUGUUGGCCCAUCCAACUUUGCAGUAAAUUGGGACAAUCCCUUCAUUGUUGCGAAAGCAUAUUAUAGUAGGUAUUAUUGUCUCAAAACUCAUGAGGAAGAGUCAUUAUUGGACAUUGUGAAUGCUAAAUGGCUCAAAACAAUCUAUUGCUAGGCUUUGCCAGUAUUGCUCCUUGAAAAGUAAGCACUCUUCAUUUUGUAAUUUUACCAUUGGUAUUGUAUUUAUUCUAACCAAGAAGGUUGAUUCUAUUUAUCUUUUUCCAUCAUAUGUAAGGUGCAUAUAACAUUCUUUU